AUGUAUGUGCUGGCGUUUAACCAAUCGCAGGCAAUGGAUGAAAAAGAGAGGAAGAGACGAGAAGAAUUUCUGAAAAGCCAAGAAGCUUUCAGACGCAAUGCCUUCAAGAUCAUAAAGAAAAUGCUGGAUUGGUGUAAUAUGACUGCAGGAAGCAAAAAGUUUGUGGAUGAGAUACUUCACAGCAUCUUCUCUCUGGGAAAAAUCAACAAUCCUCAGUUUCUCCCAGAAAUGAUUUUUGCUGAUGAUAAGCAGAUCUUGGAGAACUUGAAGAAGACAUACCCUAAGCCUUUUGAGCUCUAUUCCACUCAACUACCCAGGAGGAGUCCUUUCUCCUGUGUGAUGGACAUGAUUGUCCUGCAGAAAGGGCAAAAGAAUGAAAACCAAAUAUUACAGAGUCUGAGAGAUUUCAUCAAGGAACUGGAACCAAAGUUUCUGGUCUCCUCUACCAUCUGCAUCUCUCAGAAGUCCAACAACCCAAAUUUAGAGAGAUACUAUGGGGUCUCCAUGUCCACCUUUGGCCGUAAUCCUGGGAAAAUUGUCAUUGCUGCCUCCUGUUGUAGCAUCUGGGAAGAUUAUGUAGCUGGUGCAGUGAUGACCUACUAUCCAAAGAAGGAAAAGAACCCAGAUUUUGAUGGAACCAUCAAACUUCCAAAGGAUGUCAGGUGCCAGGCGUUCAGCCUCUGUAAAGAAGAGUCAAUGUCUCCUUGCAAAUCAUGUGCAAAUUUGUUUGGUUUGCAGACAACUGACAACAAGCAGUGGCCCUAUGGCAACUGUGCCGAAGCUGAGAGUGUGAGCAACUUGCUCAAAAAAGAGAACGAUGUUAAAGAGAAAGCACAACCAACAUCUCCAACAUGCACAGAGACAAACAGGCAGAAAGCUAAAGCAAGUGUUGAGAAACAUCUUAGGGAUGCACUGUGUAUGAUGCAAUUUAAGAAAUGGGAUGGUAAUUACUACACCCCACAAACCAACUAUUCUUGAAAAGAGGGAGGGAAAGUAACAGUCUUUUAACACAAAGUGGCCUAAUAUAUAUACAGUAUGUGUUUGAAUGUGAUUCUACAUAAACAAAAAUGCUCCACAGUUACACUAUGGGCAUGACAUCCUAUAAUCAGAGAUUCAAUAUAUCAUGCUUUCUCAUUUCAAACUGUUGAUCCUCCAGCUACUUUUUAUGUGCAUUUCUGUACUCAGAAACAAUAAAGAUGAGAAUUCAAUAGAAUUCUGUAAAUGUAAUAACUAUAAGCCUAAUGUGUGUCAGUGGAGCAUGUGGAAGAUGUAAAA